CCUCGCCCCCCUCACGCGGAGCUCGACUGAGACGUGAGGGGCACCGCUGGGCUCUGACGCACUGCCGCCGCCCUCACUCGGCACUCGCGUCCGUGCUCUCGAGCUGUCCACAUCCAGGCCACGUCAUGAACCCGCAAGGAUCUGGCCGUGCGUUCGUGACGCUGCCGCCGACAGACGCGUCAUCACAGAUGUUCGCAAGCUUCCCAGAGAGCAUGUUCAGGGCCUUGAUGAACUCGGCCCGCCUGGUGGCGCCGACGGCCCUCUCGCCGGCGUCCUCGUCCUCGGCCCCGGCAGCGUCGUCCCAGCAGCAGCGAGUGGUGCCGGUACUCGUGCUGGUCCCCACGACCGCGGCGUCGUCGGCGUCCUCGUCGUCGGCGUCCUGGCAGCAGCAGACGGGGGGAGCGCUCGCCCGGCUGCUCUUCUCCGCGGAGGCGGGGGCCGUGGGGGCCGCGGGGGCAGGCCUGCAGUGGGGCGCAACUACUGCUCCUCCAGCACCCCCAGCCCCAGCGGCGCUCCCGGCGGCUCUCCCGGCGGCGCUCCCGGCGACGCGCCCUAGCAACAUGGACGCCGAGGACCUCCCCGUGUCCUUGCCGUCCUUCGGGGAGAGGACGGCGGCGGCUAAGAAGAUGCUGUGCGCGGCGCCCGGAGGCCCAGUGUUUUCUCGGUCCAUGUCUCUACCAGCAGCAACUGGGGCUGGACCUGUCUCACGUCGACCAUCCUCUCUCCCUUUUUUGGACAUUGAUUUCAAUAUCAAUUUAAUUGAGAAAAGAAAAAAUUCUGUCAGAAACAAAAAAAAAAUUUGUGGCUUCUGUAAAAAGAAUGGAGAGUCGGCGGAAAUUUAUGAGUCGCAUUCGCUAAAUGUGUACAAUGGAUGUGAGACAGUCAUAUCUUGUCCAGUAUUAAGGAGACUCAAAUGCGACAAAUGUGGCGCCACUGGUGACCAUGCCCAUACGAGGACACAUUGUCCGUUGUUAAGGGAAAAGCUACCAGUAGCUGUAAUACUAAAACAGACCCGUCGAAAGUGUGAUGGGUCUUUGAGGCAAUGCUUUUAAUUUUGGUAUUGAGUGUAUUAUGCUGUCAAUGGUGUAAAUUAAUAUUUCUGUUUGAUUGUGUGUUCUCUAAUUUUUAAUCUCAGGUAUUCAGCUUCAGCUGUCAAUUGUGUUUUAUAAAUUUAUAAUGUAUUAGGUGACAUUUUUUGUGUCUUUUGAUCUUCCUAUUAUUCGUAACCAGAUUGUAUGUAAGUACCCAAGGCAUGUGCCUUCAUAAUGAAUUUAAGUUAAAAUCAUGUAUCAUGUUAGUGAAGAUGCCUUAGAAUUUAUAUUUUGCAAAUACGUACAUGAAAUAUAUAUCGAUUGAAUAAACUCAGACAAAACUGAAGUAA